AGCUGCGCGAGGAAGAUGAGCACCAAACAGGUGACCUGCAGAAAUCUUCCUGCGUUUUUAAUAAUGGGGCUGUUGGUGGCGCAGCUGUGCGUCCUACGCCCACACUGUAACUCUGACAGCUUUACCAGAGAAUUGUACUUCCUCCACGGUGUGUGCAGGGAGGGAAGCCGCUGCCUUUUCUCUCACGACCCGAACAACAGUAAACCCUCCACCAUCUGCAAGUUCUACCAGAGAGGAGUGUGUGCCUAUGGAGAGCGCUGCAGGUAUGACCACAUCAAAUCUUCAUACAGAGGAGGAGGGGGAGGAGCUUCAGAGAAUCAUGCAGGUGUAGCAGGAGCUGGGGGCUCCAGUGGGCCUCCAGUCAGAGGUGGAUUAAAGAAGACACUGGUCCUCAGAGAAAGAGUCCUCUGUGCAGACAGUAUGUUUGGGGGUCCCGCAGACAGUAUGAGGUCAGAGGUCACAGCUCUUCCUUUGGUCCUUGGUGCAGACAGUAUGUUUGGGGGUCCUCCAGACAGUUUGAGGUCAGAGGUCACGGCGGCAGCGGCAGCAUCUCCUCACUCUUACGUGGAAGCCAUCAGAACGGGUCUAGACGCUUCAGCACAGGAACAAGUUCCUCCCCCUGUGGCUGGGGCUUACCAGGACCUCCCCCAGCUGUGUCCCUACGCUGCCGCCGGACACUGCUACUACGAAGACAACUGUACGUAUCUCCAUGGGGACCUGUGCGAAGUUUGCCGGCUGCAGGUGCUCCACCCCCACGACCCUGAGCAGAGGAGAGCUCAUGAGAAGAUGUGUCUGCUGGCCUUUGAGGCCGACAUGGAGAAGGCGUUUGCAGCCCAGUUGAGCCAGGACAAGGUGUGUUCCAUCUGUAUGGAGGUGGUUGUUCAGAAGCUGAACCCGUCGGACCGCAGGUUCGGCAUCCUGUCCUCCUGCUGUCACACCUUCUGUCUGGCCUGCAUCCGGCAGUGGCGCUGCACCAGAAACUUCAGCAACAAGAUCAUCAAGUCGUGUCCAGAGUGUCGAGUUGUCUCGGAGUUUGUCAUCCCUUCAGUCUACUGGGUGGAGGACCAGGAUGAGAAGGACCACCUCAUAGACCUCUUCAAGUCUGGAGUCAGUAAGAAGCCCUGUAAGUACUUUGAUCAGGGUCGAGGUUCGUGUCCGUUCGGAGGGAAGUGUUUGUAUCUUCACGCCUUCCCAGACGGAACCAGAGCAGAACCUGACCGGCCGCGGAAACAGCUGAGCUCCGAGGGGAACGUCCGGUUCAUGAACAGCGUCCGUCUGUGGGAUUUCAUCGAGGAGCGUGAGCAACGGCCGGUCCCGCCCCUGCCGUCCCUCGAUGACGACAUCACAGAGCUGAGGGAGCUCUUCAUGCAGAUGUCUGGGCCGAGUAACGACGGGCCAGAGACUCCGCCCGCCGCAGACCAGUAGAUACCUGACCGCGUCCACCGGUCAUCAUGGUAACCAGCAGCUGUCCGGGGAGUCUUGGCACGCUGCCAUGUUUGUGGACAUGUCAAUGAAAUAUUAAAUCAUGUGAUUACUCUACA